CCCCCUGGGGCGCCUGAGAGGCGAGCGCUGGCUUCGGAGUGGGCAGCGCGCUGCGGGGCAGAGGCUCUGGACGGCAGCGGUGGCUUCCAGAGCGCCGCCGGGGCUGCAGAAAAAGCCGGCGCAGUUCCAUCUGAUCUGUAAGCGCGCCCUGCAACGCCACUGAUGCUGCCCCUGCCCGCCAUCCAGUGGGGUCCUUGGUGGUAUGAUGCUCCCCUUUGUGCUGCAAAACAGAAGCCCAUCUCACACUUGGUGGUGGGCUUGGAGAAAAGUCUGUGCCUGCUGCAGAUCCUUGACUUUUCCUGCAGGAGAUCAACUCUAUCCGAUGAGUUGCACAUCCAUUGCUCCCGCUGCUCAGCCCAUCAGAGAUCCUCAAACUCAUAGGCAUCCUGCUCUUCUCCACAUCCCCCUGGGGGCUCUUCACCAAGAUCCACACUGAGCUCCUGUGCAACGUAUUGUUCUAAGAUGGCACCUACCAGUCGCCCUCCCAAAAAGGAGCUGGCCCCCAGCCUCGUGCUCGUGCUGGAGUUCAGCAAACAGGCUCAUCAUUUUCAUGGCCAUGAGUCCUUCCUCAAGAGCAAGGAGCUGUGGGGCUGGAGCUGUGCAACAGCCCCCAGCCCCGUACCGAUGGCACACGUUGGUGCACUGCUCACUACCCUUGAGAGCCAGACCUGCCACUGGGACUUCCAUUGGGCUGACUGGUGGGCCUACAUCCUGCUGAGUCAAGACUACCUGCAUGAGGAGCAGCAGACCCACCUCCCCUGCUGCCUGGACAACGCAAAGAACUUUGACAAUGGGCAACAAGUACAAGAAGGGAGUACCUUGCAUCUCAUUUGGUCGACUUGAAAUCUCGCGAGAGGUCAAGUUCUCGUGAACUCUCCCAGAAGCCACCGCUC